AUGCUCUUCAUUUAUUUUGGAUUAGUGUUGAAUUCAAUUGGAAUUAUUUCUUCUCAAGCUGUUAGUCCUUACAAUGGUCGAGUAAUUAAUUUUGAAAGUAACGGAGGUAUUGCGGACAAUAGUUUAUUAAGUACAUGUUGGGCUAAUUCAUAUCUUCUUAAUCAAACAUUUGCAUCAAUGCAAAAUGGAGAUACAUUACUUAUACCAUCUAAUAAAACAUUUUGGUUAAUGGGUGGUAUUUAUGCAAGUGGUCUUUUUAAUGUAACUAUUCAAAUUGAUGGAAUUCUUAAAUUUUCUAAUAAUCAAAUUGUAUGGCCACGUGAUCCUCAAACAGGACAAGUUCAUGAAUGUUUCUUCUUUGAACAAUUAAAUUAUGUUACAUUUACUAGUUCAUUACCUGAAGGAAAAAAAGGUAUUAUUGAUGGAUCCGGUGCAGGUUGGUGGGGUAUAACUCAAUAUUUAAUAAUUGGUGAAAAUCGACCACGUUUAAUUUCAAUCUACAAUUCUACAAAUCUUUUAGUUGAAAAUAUUCUAUUAAAAAAUUCUCCUUAUUGGACAUUCUUAGCAAAUGAUACUGCUUAUUUAGAAAUUCGUUAUACAGAUGUUGAUGCACGUAUAAAUCCAUAUGCACAAUAUCAUGAUCUUGUUGAAAUACAAGCUUUUAAUACUGAUGGUUUUGAUGUUGCUGGUACAAAUAUAUGGAUUCAUGACUGUAAUAUUUGGAAUGAUGAUGAUUGUAUUGCAGUUAAACAACAAACUUCAACUAGUAUUCAUUCUUCUUGUAGUGAAAAUAUGCUUUUCGAACGUAUUAAUGCGUCUGGCCUUGGUUUAACUAUUGGUUCUAUUACUCCAUCAGCAAAUCAUAGUUGUAUUCGUAAUAUUACAUUUCGUGAUUCUACAAUGUAUAAUACUUAUAGAGGUAUAUAUUUAAAAUCAAAUCCAGGACAACCUGGAGAUACUGGUGAAAUUACAAAUAUUACUUAUGAAAAUAUUCUUAUUAACAAUGCUACACUAUGGUCCAUAUGGAUUGGACCACAACAAGCUAUCUAUCAGAAUGUUUGUUCACUUCUAUGGCCUUUUGUACCUGGAGCACAGUGUCCUGUUCCAGUUGGUAUUACUUGGAACAAUAUUGUUUUACGAAAUAUUACUGUUAAUAGUCCACAAAUAAGUCCUGGUGUUAUACUGGGUAAUUCAUCAAAUCCAAUGUUAAAUAUAUUAUUUGAUAAUGUACUUGUAACAAAUCCUGGUAGUGUUCCGUGGGGUAAUCGUUAUUAUGAUUGCGAAGAUGUACAAGGUGUUGCACAAGGAAAUACGAAACCAGUACCACCAUGUUUUGAAAAUAAAACAUCUUAA